GUUAUGUAAGUUUGUUUUGACAGGUUUUUUUGUGUAGUGUUCCGGUUAAUUUUAGCCGCUUUUUGCGAAUUUGCAUUAAUUCAAGCACAAAUUAUCGCCUGGAUUUAUAAAUAAUGCCACGUGUGCACACUGUGCAUAAUUAUUUUCGUAAAUUUUAAAACAUAGAUAAGUGUUGACGUGUCGUAUUUUAUCAAUUGUAAAAAAUGUUAAAAGCGGUGAUACUAAUCGGAGGGCCCCAGAAAGGUACCAGGUUUAGGCCCCUUUCCUUGGACAUACCAAAGCCCCUGUUCCCCGUUGCGGGGCUGCCAGUAAUUCAGCAUCACAUCGAAGCUUGCGUUGCGGUACCAGAACUGAAGGAAAUUCUACUGAUUGGGUUUUAUCCGGCGGCUUUAAUCCAGCAAUUCGUGAAUGAUUUACAGCACAAAUACAACAUUACGAUAAAGUAUUUGCAAGAGUUCACAGCCUUGGGGACCGCCGGGGGCUUGUACCAUUUCCGCGACCAAAUCCGUUAUGGAAAUCCUGACGCGUUUUUCGUCAUGAAUGGGGACGUUUGCGCCGAUUUUCCCUUAGUUGAAUUGUACCAGUUUCACAAAAACUUGAACAAUUCUUUAGUGACCAUAAUGGGCACAGAAGCCACCCGACAGCAAUCAUUGCACUACGGUUGCAUAGUUUUGAACAAAAACACGCACGAAGUGUCCCACUACGUCGAAAAGCCAAGUUCCUACGUCUCCACGUUAAUAAAUUGCGGAAUUUACGUAUUUUCCUUGGACAUAUUUACGACAAUUGGCGAUGUUUUCAUCGCUAAACAGCAAGACACAAGCCGUGAGACUGGUUUUAUCCAACUAGAACAGGAGAUCUUGGCACCUUUGGCCGGCACUGGCAAAGUCUUCGCCCUCCAAGUGAACAAAUGGUGGUCGCAGUUGAAAACUGCAGGUUCUGCGAUUUACGCCAACCGCCACUAUUUGGAGUUGUACAAGAGUAAGCAUCCCGAACGGCUGAGACAGCCCCACUCGGGGGGCGACGGCUGCACGAUUUAUCCCGAUGUGCACAUUGACCCCACAGCGCAAAUUCACGGUUCUGCCGUUAUAGGUCCAAAUGUUAGUAUUGGUUCGGGGGUGGUUAUCGGACCGGGGGUCCGGAUAAGGGAGAGUAUUAUUUUGGCGGAUGCUGUGAUCAAUGAUCGAAGUCUGAUUUUGCACAGCAUAAUAGGGAGGAAUUCCAGGAUUGGGACGUGGGCAAGGGUUGAAGGGACGCCGAGUGAUCCAGACCCUAAUAAAGCCUUCGCCAAAAUGGAAAAUCCGCCACUGUUUAACAACGACGGGCGCUUGAAUCCUUCCAUUACCAUUUUAGGGUGUUUUGUGAGUGUGCCAUCCGAAACGAUUCUCUUGAAUUCGAUUGUUUUGCCAAAUAAGGAGCUGUCAAGGAGCAUAAAGAAUGAAAUCAUUUUGUAAUUAUUGUUCUGUACAUUAUCCUUUUUUUGAAUACAUUAAUAAAAAAUUACAAUGUG